AUGGUGAAGAAGCCAGCGACUGCAAAGCCGGCUGGCACCGUGCCAGAGUCCGUCCUCAAAAAGCGCAAGCGCGAUGAGGACUGGGCUGCUAAGAAGGCUGCCACUGCUGGGGACGCCAAGAAGAAAUCCAGGGAUCAGCGCAAGGAGAUCUUCAAGAGAGCAGAGAGCUACGUGAAGGAGUACAGGGAUCAGGAGAAGGACCUGAUCAGGCUGAAGAGGGAGGCCAAGUCAAACGGUGGCUUCUACGUUGAGCCAGAGGCCAAGGUGGCUUUUGUUGUGCGCAUCCGCGGUAUCAACGACAUGCACCCAAAGACCAGGAAGAUCUUGCAGCUCCUGCGUCUCCGUCAGAUCCACAACGGCAUUUUUAUCAGGAUGAACAAGGCCACCAUCAACAUGCUGAGGAGGGUGGAGCCCUACAUCACAUGGGGUUACCCCAACCUGAAGACUGUGAAGGAGCUGAUUUACAAGCGCGGAUACGGAAAGGUCAACAAGUCCCGCAUCCCCUUGACAGACAACUCCAUCAUUGAGCAGGUGCUGGGCAAGCACAACAUCAUCUGCAUCGAGGACCUGAUCCACGAGAUCUACACAUCUGGCCCCGCCUUCAAGCAGGCCUCCAACUUCCUGUGGCCCUUCAAGCUGUCCUCCGCGCGCGGCGGCCUCGCCAAGAAGCGCCUGCACUACAUCGAGGGCGGCCAGCACGGCAACCGUGAGGACUACAUCAACAACCUCGUCCGCGUCAUGAACUGA